GAAUCACUGAAUGCAUCAAUGACACUUGUAUUAUUACAGUUAAUAUGACAGCAUGCACAGAGCACGGGACAAUAAAUAAAGUGCCUUUGGUGUUUAAGGUGUCACCUGGAGAGGCGCGCGGGACAUUCCCAUGGCUAAAACCAAGAACAACAGCAAACUGGACACUUUUCUUAAGAGAAACACUAGCCGUGAUUUAUACGAGCGGAUCCGAGCCUGCGAGCCGUGUGUGGUGGUGUCAGGCUCGGUGAAGAAGGUUUUCAUGCAUGUGAUAUUGAGCGAUGAGCGCAUCUACCUGAGCGAAUAUCACCCGCGCGCGCUGCGCAAGGCGCUCAGCUUCAGAAACAUCACGAGCAUUGAGCUGAUCAAUGAUUGGCCAGAUUUCCUCAGCGGACGGGACCGAGAACGUUCAUUGCAUAUUCGUGUUGUCCAUACUGCAAAUAAUGCUGGAAAAAAGAGCGAAGCACCCCAAGGAUCAAGCCAGAACAAGCCAGAAUGUCCAUCUGUGUCUCCAUCGCAACGCCAUGACUUGGGUGUCCGCCAAUCCCUGGAGGAGAUGAGCCAUGUACUCUUGUCGACAUGUUCAGCUCCAUCUGAGUCCUCGGCCUGGAGAAUCUCUCCCACAUCAAUGAGACUAGAGAAAGAAGAAGGUGGCAUCAUUACAAAGAGAUGUUCAGCUUCGUGUCCAAACCCGGAUGUGUUGGAUCUGGGCCUAUUUCAUACCUUCCCACAACCCCCAUCCUCCGCUCCCCAGCAUCACCAAUAACCAGCGUUGACCCCUGCUCAGACUGACAGGCCUGCAGUAUCCAGCCGCAGGAGUUCAAUCCUUACACGACUGAUGAGGAGAACUCUAGCAGAGAAGGACAGAGAGAAAGAGGAGGAUGAGAAAGAGGAAGAAUUGCACCUGUAUGCUGUAUCUCCUACAUCUUUAAUAUAUCUGCACCUACAGAGUGCCUGGAGCAGUUACCUUAUUAGAUCUACUUUGAUGCUGGACCCAGUGCACAGGAAGAGAUGUGGCAUAUCCUGCUCUUUUCCAGAAAAACAGCGAUGUCACAAGAUUAGCUGGGAGCGGACGUAUCAUUUGUUUAGUCAGUUGAGUGGCGAGCUGCUACAGGAAGACAUCAGUCUCGAGAGUCUGUAUUUACUACUGCAGGAGCUGCACACCGCCACAUACCGCAACCCGACCAUCAAAAAACUCUUCUGGAGGUCACCUGACCUUUAUCCUUUCCUGGUCAAAACACUCACUGAAAGCUCUCAGGUCACUCUGGAAAGAGUUCACAAAGCCGACAGACUUCUACUUUGCAUUUUAGUUGUUCAGAUACUGAGCCUGAUGUUCAGGGAAACAGAGACUGAAGCGGCACGACUCAGCAUGCUGAUGGCUAAACAGGGCGCUCUUACAGCAAACAUGCUGCUCGCUUUGGUGUGUGAUCCAGAGCUUCAGCUGCCAGACUCCACAAAUGUCUCACAAUCUUCAAAUACUAAGCUGCAGGGUCUGCAGGCAGACUAUCUGGAUGCAGCAUCUGCUCUGCUGUUUGAGGUUGUUGUGCUCUUUCAGGAAGCCAGUCUCACCCCUGCUCUAGGGCACUUCCUUACUGUCAGCUGGGUGUUUCGAUUGCUUAAACCUCAUCCAUUCUUGCUGCCGUUUGUUGGAUAUCAGGCCCAGCAGGUUGUUCUUGUUCUCUCAGACCUGCAGUGUCCCAUCAGCCCAUCUCUAGCAGUUCUUCUGUACCAGCGGUGCUGUGUUCUGUUAGCAUGUCUGCAGCACAGCACCUUCCUGAGCAAAUACAUCAGGACAGGCUUCAAAGAGGAGUUCAGGUACUAUGUGACGACCUCAGGACUUGAGCACAAGCUGCCCCAGCAUUACCCUAUCAGUCAGCCUGCACAGCACCUUUUGUCCCAACUACUCAGUCUGGUUCUCAAGAAACCCUGAGAUCUGCUUAAAUCUCUUAUUCCUGCAAAAACACAGUUCUGGUAUGGUAAUGUGCCUUUAAAUGAAUGUGCAGCACCUUAAGCUUGGAUUCAAGUCUUGUGUUGUGUCUUACUGUGUGUUGAACAGAGACUGUCGGAUUCUGCUCUGUUUAGCAAAUUGCCUUUGUCUGCACUCGGGAUUAUAAUACUGUAAUAAGUGUUAAGAUGGAGAUAUUAUGGCAAAACAAACUACAUUUUACGGACAUCACAGAACAUUUAAAAUAUGGAAUUAACUUAACUAUUUAUUAUAUAUUAAUAUAACGUCUGUACUUGUCAUUAAAUAAAUUAGGAGACCUCUCUAAUAUUUCAGACUGAUCACAGUAUUUAUUUUCAGAUUAAUAUGUACAACAGUGUCAUAAAUGUUCUUCAGACUCUGUCACUGUAAUUAAAAGCACUGGCAAAAAUGCACUUCUUUUAUUUUGGUUGGUUUUUUUUUGGAUGCACUCUCUCUGUGAGUUGAGGAUUGUACUGAUUUUUAGGAAUUCAAUUUACCUAAAGACCUGAAAUAAAGAUUUAUUUUAAACA